AUGGAGAACUUACCACCUCGAUAUGAUGGAACCAUUCAGCCAGAAGUAUGGGUCCAGGACUUACGUUUCUUUUGUGCUCUUCGGGGUGUCUACGAUCAAUCUACUAUUCUAAAUAUUGCCAUUCUAAGAAUAGAUCCCGAUAUUCCAAUCCCCAAAGAUACAAACUCAUUUGAUUUACUUAUAAGUAUUCUCAAAGACCAUGUCACUCACUCUGUAUUCCGUGCAGAUUCUCUUGAGAAACUUAAUAAAUUGAAAUGUGAGCGUAAUAGAGAAAUGUCUGAAUUUAUCGCGAAAUUCACUUUCCUCUGUAGAGGCGCAAAUAUCACUGGCUGGGAAGAGAAAAAGAGAUACUUACUUCGGAACUUGCCAGACGAUAUUGUUCGAAAUAUAUUCAGGAGUCGAAUUGAAAACCUAAACUCAUCUGAUAAAAACUCAUUUGACAAGGUGAUCGAGACUUUCAAAGACGUGAUGCUUGAACAUAGACGCCAGAUUCGUUACGGCUCCAAAAUUGCACUCAAACACGUUGCUACUGGACGUUUUUUGUCUAGUAAGGAUAUCAGAUAUGACACUGGGUCAAAACAACACAUAGUAUUUUGCAACAACUGGCAGCCAGAUAGACAAACCGAUUUUUGGAUUGUAAUUCCACCUCAUAAACAAUACUGCAAGGUAGGCAAUCCGGUAGCGUUUAAUUCUGCUAUUGGAUUGAAACAUCAGAAGACUAGUAGAAAUCUGCAUUCUCAUUCAAACGAGUCACCGAAAACUAAGCAACAAGAAGUCACUUGUUUUUCGGGCGCCGAUAGCAAUGACAACUGGCUAUUACAACGUCAUAGCAUCAAUAACGAUUAUGACAAUUCAGGACAUUGGGUGAUUGGUGACACAAUUAGUUUGCGCCAUGUUAACACAAAAAAAUCGCUCUCAAGCCAUGAUUUCCUAUUGGAUGAUGGAAACCAAGAAGUCACUUGCCACGCCGAUGGCCAUGAAGAAAACCAUAAGUGGAUAGUGGAAGUUUUUGAAUGA